CAGCAACAGCAGCAGCAGCAGCAACAGCUUCCAGUCAACAGCCAAGGAUUAAAUCGCGUCGCGUGUCAGCAAAAGUUCUCGAACUAAAAACCUAAACGAAAAUGAAAGUGUUUUCCAUUGCCUGUGUGUGCCUCGUCUUGGCGGCCAGCAGCGCCUGGGCCGCGCCCAGUGUGCAAGAUAAUCGCGUCGAAAGUGAUAACACGCUCGGACGUGCCGCCCGCUAUCUGGGCGCCUGCCUCGAGAGCGAUGACAUGACCACCUGUCUGGCCGUCAAGGGCAUUACCGCACUGAAUCGCGCCGCCAGGAGCAACAACAUUGAGCUAAUCAAUGGCGUCACCUUCCAGAGAGAUCCCGCCAGCCCCGUGCAGCGCAGCGGCAAGUCCCUCAGCGAGCAGGACAUCUAUGCUGAGCUGCCACAGAAUGGCGAUGAGCGCAACGGCCGCCUGGUCGAUCUGGCCAUAUCCAGUGCCACCGACUUCCUGAGCACCCACAACUUGGAGUUCAAGCUGCCCGCCGAGACCACCCAGCAGGUGGCACGCGCUCUGGAUGAAGGUCGCGGCAAGAUCAAGAAGAUGAUUGGCCCCAUUGCCCUGGCCAUUGGCGCUAAGCUGUUCGCUGUCAUUCCCUUGGUGCUCGGCUUCCUCGCCCUGUUGACCUUCAAGGCCGUCGUCGUGGCCAAGAUCGCUUUCUUCUUGGCCAUUCUGGUCGGCGGCUCCCGCCUGCUGAGCGGCUUUGGCAACAAGUUCGGCGGCAGCGCUAUCGGUGGCUACAGCUCGAACGCCUGGUCCGCCCCAGCCACCGCUGGCUGGAGCUCGGGCGCCUCCUCCGCCUAUCCCUAUGCACGCAGCAUCACCGUCGACAAUGCCCAGGAGCUGGCCUACGCCGGCCAGCAGCCGGAGCAGCAGCAGCAGCAGCAGCAGUAAGCGGACCUCGUUUCACUUCGGCCAACAGCCAGAAAUGUGCCUUUUCUUUUUAUUGAAAAUCUAGCUUGUAGUAAUUUAUUCGAGACGUGAAGCUGACGCGUAUUUAAUUGCCUAAUUUAUUAUUGUAUAACACAACAUUGC